ACACUCACAACCAGACAAUAAUAAAUUUGAAGGAAGCUCCCAUGCAUAAAGGGAUUUGCAGUACUUUGAAAUAUCUGGAGUAUAAGAACCCUUACCAGCGGGUAGCAGAAGAGCUUGAACUCAACACUCCAGAAUGAUCCAAUCCAAUGCAUUGCAAAACCCUGAUUUAAUUGCCCAUUAAAAGCCCUGAUCACCAGCGUUCGGGUGUAAUAAUUAAUCUAAUUAAUAAAACAAAAUAAAAAACCAACGGUAUUAGAGGAGAUUUAAACCUGGUCAUGAGGAUUAUACACAUAAUUUUUGCUAUCCUAACUAGUGAUUCGGGUGUAACAACUAAUUUAAUUAAUAAAACAAAAGGAUUGCAAUCCUGAGAUGAUACAGAUACUCGCAAGUCGCAAACUGUAGACUGAAACAUGUUUUGGGUUGAAAAUUUUGAAUUGUUUGAAUUGCUAUAGAUACUGGAGAAGAAGAAGAAAGCAAAGGAUGAACCGAUAAAAGCAGCUUCUGCUGAUGGCAACCCUCUCGCUAUUACGAUCGAAAUGUGGUUUUUUUCCCCUUCAAUUUCUCUUCAGGAAACAGUAAUGUCUGAUGCUUUGAGUUUGGGUAAAUCUGAAUUUCCCCCUUUGCCUUUAUUUUGAUUGUCAAUGAAUGACAAUGUUAGUUCGCCUCGCCUCGCCUACGGCCUGUCUGUGUGCUUGGAAUCUGGGUCUGAGGACAAACUCUCCUCUCCUGUUAAGCAAUACAUUCAAAAUCUCCUUAAGUAUGGUUCUGAGUGGCCUGCAGAAGAAAAGGUGCAGCGUAGGGACAUGGUUGGGAGACUUAUGGACUGUGCCGGAUUUAGGCGACCCUUUGUUGGAUUUGUACACUACCGGGUUACUCUAGAGGAAGACGAUCCUGUUCUUUAUGUGUAUGAAAUACAGCUCGAGUCUCGCGUCCAAGGGAAAGGAUCGGGGGAAUUCUUAAUGCAGUUGAUUGAGCUAAUUGCUUGCAAGGCAAACACAGUCAAUCCUCUUGAAUUUCUGACUCCGCUGAGCUUCAGACAUUGAAUACAGACAUUGAAUACAUGAUAAGUUUGGCGAAAAAUCAGCGCGUGGUCAAAAGGACAUUGCUUCUAGCAGGAAUCGAAUCAAAACCUUCCGAACGUUGAAUACCAGAGUUGCAAUAAUUGAUCAAAGGUAAACAUUAGAUUAGACCAAGUUAAUUUAUCUGUUGCUCUCUCUGCAUUAUUAUAUAGGCCCUAAUUGUUGAUUUAGUUGUUAGGGGGGGGAGACUUAGCAUUCAGUAUAAAACAGUGCAACAGAAAAUUCAAAUUAGGUUUCCCAACAUUUUGGGGAAUUAUAUUUUAUAUGUUUGGGAAGAAACAUAGUGCUUGGCUCCCCCCCAAAUUGUCAUUUUCUGUCUCUCUAAUAGUUUAAUGUCUUGCAAAUCUGGUUCCAUCCUGCAUGUGGGUUGGGUUUCUUUGCCUCUUCCCCGUCCCGUCCCAAAGUUGGAUCAAGGAAAACCCGUGCUGGUCAAGCAAGUUUCGUCAUGUCGGGACGGAUCGGAUACGAAUUGUCAUCCUUAAUUUUGACCAUAUUAUUUUCAUUUUCUUGCCUUUUUGUCAAGAAUUUCCGACUACUCUUCUAGUUUUUUUUUUUCUUAUUUGGUUUUUGGAACACUAACAUUAAAAUAAUCAGAUAAAAUGACAUUACUAUGUAGGGUAAGGUUUGCGUGCAUGUUCUCGAACUUUGCCGACUAUGGAAGUCUUAC